AUGGACUUCAUGGGUGGGUUUCCUAAGAAUGUUGUGAAGUAUUUUAGCUUGCCAAGAGACAUUAUAAGUGAUAGGGAUACACGUUUCACUGGUCAAUUCUGGACUGCUUUAUUUAACAUGAUGGGGACAAAGUUAAAGUUCUCUAUUGCCGAUUAUUUCCAAAUUGAUGGGCAAACCGAGAGGAUCAAUUGCUUGCUUGAGGAGUAUCUUAGGCAUUAUAUUUGUCAAAAGCAAGCUAGUGACAGCUUGAGGAAAGCUUUAAGAAGAAUGAAAAAGUAUGUAGAUACGAAGAUGAGGGAUGCUGAGUUCAAUGUUGGUGAUAACGUAUUGUUGAAGUUGACUCCACAAAUCUGGAAUAAGAUAAACAGUAAAACAGUGCAUAAGGGAUUGAUUCACAAAUAUAAUGGCCCUUUUGAAGUUGUGGUUGAAGUGGGCAAUAUUACCUAUAAACUGAAGUUGCUCGAGAGGUUGAAAGUUCAUCCAACUUUUUAUGUGAGUUUCCUCAAAAAGUUUCAUGAAGAUGUGGCAGAAUCUUCAAGAAGUCAAGCUAAAAGCGCUCCACCAGUUGUGAGGAAAUAA